AUGCCCCUUGUCAGACAUGCAUUUUUUUUGCUUCAGAGAGUUAAAGAUGCCGAGACGUACUAUGGUAAUGUGACGGAGGCAAACAUGAAUAACAAGCCACCAAUAUGGAGACUGGAAUACACCACGAAAGCUUUCUACAAUAUGACCGAUUUAUCGCCUCAAUCUUGGUCAGACCUAAGCGAUCGACUUUGGAACGACAAAGAACUCUUCAGACAGUUUAUGAAGUGA